AUGGGCAGCAGGCGCCGCAGCCCCAGCCCCAGCCCCUGCCCAGCGCCCUGGUGGGGGCCUCAGCCCGGGGGACCUCGCCUGUCCAAGCGCUUCCGAUGGGAGGAGCCCGAAGUCCAGGCUGGGCCAAUAGGGGCCGCGGGCGUUCUCACCUCCGUGGUGGCCCUGGCCGCAGGCUGUGCUGUGCAGUUGCGGCUGCUCGAUGCCGACCUGGCGCUGCAGUCCGCGCCCACGUCCGUCCUGCGGGUGUCUUUCGGGGACCACACCCUCAUUCUGGUCCACGAGGCUCUCCUGGGUUCGUUCGUCGAAGACUCCAGAGGGGAAAGCAACUCGCCUGUCAGUCUGGAACUGGGCUCUUUCUAGAGCGCUCCCGGGGACGACGUCGCUGUUGAGCAGGGAUCCUUCCGCGCAUCCGCCUCGGAGACUGCAGCCCAAGCAGAGGAGGAAGUGGACCCCGAGUUCUUGCAGCUCUGGAUAAACCCUCAGGCUGGCUCGGUCGCUGGGCUCCGCCCCUCCGCUAGAAGAGUCCCCAGUCCCUGCCCGCGGGGCGCCAUCCUAGAACCCUCUCCUCGGGUCCCCAGCCUGGACUCUCACCUUCUGGGGCCCUUCCCCAACUCACCACUCCAACCUCUGCCCCCGUCUCCGAGUCCAGGCCCCCACGAGCGCCCCCAGUGCUCUCCCCGGCCUCCCUGCAGGGCCCGGAGAUGCUUGUUCUAG